AUGAAAUACAUAUGGACGAAAACAAAUCUAUCUUUAGAUCGAGCUUUGGCUCUCCUAUGUUUUUUAUUAAUUAUACAAGUGACAAGUUUCAUUAUUUUUAAAGCUCGUCCCCUCUUACAAGAUAAUUUAUAUUCAACACAAAUGGAGCAGACUAAAUCGUUCGUCAAAGUUGAUGGCACCAGGUUUAUUCUAAACAAUAAGCCACAUUAUAUUAUUGGUGCGAACUACUGGCAGGCUAUGAACCUUGGAAUGGAAAGUGGUAAUAGGUCGAGAGUGCUGAAAGACCUAGAAACUUUAAAGGAGAACGGGUUUAAUUGUUUGAGAAUUAUGGCUGCGAGUGAAGGUCCUCCCGGUGAACCUUAUAGGAUGUAUCCAGCGUUGAUGAAUGCGCCAGGAGAAUAUGAUGAAAGCACAGGACUUGAUUGGUUUCUUGCCCAAUUGAAAAACUAUGAUAUGACCGCGAUCAUGACUCUGUCAAACUUUUGGCACUGGUCAGGUGGUUUCGCACAAUAUGUUCAUUGGGUUGAUGAUUCAAAACCAAUACCAUAUCCUGAAACUGCCGGUACCGCUUUUGACAUUUACACCUCUCGAUUUUACACUGAUGAAAAAGUCAAAGAUACAUGUCAAAAAUAUUACUUGAAUCACGUGAAAACCGUUAUAAAUCGUGUAAAUUCUGUUAAUGGCAUUGUAUAUAAAAAUGAUCCUACAAUAUUUUCUUGGGAAUUAGCAAAUGAACCACAAGCUGUUGACGUUCUUAACAUUCCAAAUGGGCAUGACCUUGUUUUUCAAUGGUUCGAUAAUACUGCUAAAUUCAUUAAAUCAUUGGACGAAAAUCAUUUAGUUACUACGGGAACUGAAGGGAAACAUGGGAAAGAAUGGUUCAUUACUAUGCAUAAGAGUGAUUAUAUUGAUUUUACUAGCGUACAUGUAUGGGUUGAAAAUUGGGGACACUAUAAUUCGGAUGAUCCGAGCCCGGAAAACUAUCAAAGAGCUGCGAAUUUUAUGCUUGGUUUCCUACAGGAUACUAGUGAUUGGUCAACUCAACUAUUAAAGAAGCCUGUUUUACUAGGAGAAUAUGGAAUGGCACGUGAUGGAUGGAAAGAAAUCUCGAAGUAUGAUCCGAAGGCAACUGUAACAAACAGAAAUAAAUAUUUCAAAGAAAUAUCGAAUAAAAUUUUGGAAUUGGAAAAACAAAAUGCAUCCACAGGACUAAUGUUUUGGGCAUUCGCUGGAACUGCGCGUCCCACCGAUUCGAGACCUACUUGGGUCGGUGAUCCACCCCAUGAGGUGCCAGGAUGGUACUCUGUGUACGAUUCGGAUUUAGAAACGCUGCGUAUAUUUUUUGAUCAUUCAAAGCAAAUCAUUAAUGAAUCUGAAUGA